AUGGACGACCCUCAGGUUACUAUCCGCCAGCCUGCCGCUGCUCUGAGCUCCGUCAACGGCCACUCCACAGCGGCGCCUGGCCCCCCGGCAAACAAGAAGAAGCCCCGCCGCGGUGCCGACUCGGCCGCGCAGAAACGGAGAUGCGUGAGCACCGCCUGCAUUGCUUGUCGCCGGAGGAAAUCCAAAUGCGAUGGCGCCCUGCCCAGCUGUGCUGCCUGUGCCAGCGUGUACGGCACUGAGUGCGUUUACGAUCCCAACUCGGACCACCGGCGCAAGGGCGUGUAUCGUGAGAAGAUCGAUAGCAUGAAGGCCCGCACCUCCACUCUGCAGAUUCUCAUCGAAGCCAUCUUGAAUGCCGCCGAGGACGAGGUGCCAGACAUUGUCAAACGGAUCCGGACGUGCGACAGCCUCGACACGGUGGCCGAACAGAUUAUCAAACACGAAGACAACUCGCAGGAGGACGAGCAAGGGUUCGAAGAGACCUUUGAGGAUGAGUACACGACCAACCAACCCGUUGAGGGGGAGCGUGAGCUGGCCCGCAAGAUGGGCGAGCUCCGCCUCGAGAACGGCGCUGUGCGGUUCAUCGGAGGCACGUCUCAUCUCAUCUAUCUCGGCGACCCCAUGGAUGACCGCGUCGAACAGCCUGCGGCCAGCCAACUCGCUGUCAACGAGGACCCCGUCGUCAGUUGGACCACCGUCACCAAGGACAAGGAACUUGUCGCCCACCUCAUGAAUAUGUACUUCAACUGGCACUAUCCCUACUUCGCCACCUUGUCCAAAACCCUCUUCUACCGCGACUUUGUCAAGGGUCGUUACGCCCUACCCACCAAAGGCACAGCGUACUGCUCGCCCUUGCUCGUCAAUGCCAUGCUCGCCCUCGGCUGCCACUUCACAAGCGUUCCGGGCGCCACACCAGAAGAUGGUCGGUCCAAAGGAGAUCAUUUCUUUGCAGAAGCCAAACGGCUCAUCAUCGAAAAUGAUGAAUACGAGAAGCCAAGAUUGACGACGGUACAGGCCCUGGCGCUCAUGUCCGUUCGUGAAGCUGGUUGUGGCCGUGAAGCCAAAGGCUGGGUCUACUCAGGCAUGGCUUUCCGCAUGGCGCAGGACAUCGGUCUUAAUUUCGAUGACGGUGGCAUCUCAGCCGACAGAGAAAACUUGGGAGAGCACGCCGUCGACGCCAGGCGUAUCACCUUUUGGGGAUGUUUCUUGUUCGACAAGUGCUGGUCCAAUUACCUUGGCCGACUGCCACAGAUCCCCAAAAACUCAUACAACGUACCCAAGUAUGACGUUUUCCCUGGGGAGGACGCGGAACUCUGGUCGGCGUAUUCCGAUGCCGGCUUUGAUCGCACAAUCCAGCAGCCGUCACGAACGAGGGCCAUAGGUCUGCAACUCGCGAAGCUCUGUGAAAUCAGUAGUGAUCUGCUCCUCUUUUUCUACCACCCGAACCACAUUGGACGUUCUAGUGGUAAGGCUGUCGAGUUGAAAAAGCUGAGUGAACUGCACCGCCGACUCGAGGACUGGCGCAAAGAGCUUCCUCGAGAACUUGAACCCAAGGAUGGCCAACUGCCAAACGCCAUCCUCAUGCACAUGUUCUUCCACCUACAGUACAUCCAUCUGUUCCGCCCCUUCCUCAAGUAUACCCCUGCGGCCUCGCCCCUACCAUCCCAUGUCUCACCGCGGCGGAUCUGCACCGCCAAUGCCGGUGCCAUAUCCAAGCUCAUGCGCCUCUACAAGAAGACUUGGAACCUGCGCCAGAUUUGCAAUAUUGCAGUCUACAUGGUGCACAGCGCAUGCACCAUUCACAUGCUCAACCUACCCGAGAAGACAGCUCGACGUGACAUCACGCAUGGUGUCAAGCACCUCGAGGAGAUCGCCGAAGAUUGGCCAUGUGCGCGCCGCACUCUUGGCAUCAUCAGUGUUCUCGGUCGGAAAUGGAACGUUGAGCUUCCUGACGAGGCCUCCGUUACCCUUCGUCGCACAGACGAAAAGUAUGGUACCUUCAACACGAGCGACGUCCCGAGUCCUUCCUCAAACCACGGAACCGGCGUUUCUCCGACGGGCUCCAACGACCAUGUGCCAUCGCCCGCUCCUCAACCCACCCAGGGCUACAGUCCCAUCGACCAGUUUAUUCAACCACGCAUACCGGGCGACAUCUCGGCGCAAACCGGGAACUUCCCUCUCGCCAGCCCCUCGCUUGACCUUGCUUCUCUCACAUCAACACCAACCUCGAAUCCACAGGUCCCCCUCACCUCGUGGCCGUCGGCACAGCCCAUUCCUGCCUACCACCGUCCUCAAAAGCAACAACAACAACAUCAACAGGCGCAGCAGCAGCAGCAGCAACAACAAGCACGACAGCAGCAGCAGCAACAACAAGCACAACAGCAGCAGCAGCAAAGACAUCAACGACCGAUGCCCCCACGACCGCUACCUCCCAGCCCCCAGGUCUUCCAAGAGCUCGACCAAGACUGGUUCCUCAACGACGGCGCCAAGUGGCACCAGAACUUCGAGGCUUGGGGCAUGGCGGGCAUGUCCGCAGAACAGAGCCCGCAAAACAUGUUCAUGUUCCAGGGCGGCACUCCCGACAGUAGCGGCAGACAAUAUCGCGUCAAUGGGCCGCAGGCUAACGACGCUCCGCCUCGAAACGGCUCAGAGGAGCGCAUCGGCUUUGAGGCGCUGAGUUCGCUGCGGGACAACCCCGGUUGGCUGCCGCCGGGCCUGGACUAA